AUGCCGGAGCGGGAAUGGCACCCGCUCGACGAGGACCGCAACUGCAAAAACUUUCACAGCAAUAUGAGAUCUGAAAGCCAAAAUGAUACAAAGCUUCAGCAGAAGGAGCCUGCUGCUCCUGCUCCUUCUUCGUCGUCGUCUUCGUCGUCGCCGACGACAACGACGACGUCUUCUUCGUCGUCGUCUUCGUCGUCGCCGACGACAACGACGACGUCUUCUUCGUCGUCGUCGUCUUCGUCGUCGUCGCCGACGACAACGACGACGUCUUCUUCGUCGUCGUCUUCGUCGUCUUUGUCGCCGCCGCCGCCAUCUUCGUCGUCGUCUUCGUCGUCUUUGUCGCCGCCACCGCCGCCAUCUUCGUCGUCGUCUUCGUCGUCUUUGUCGCCGCCACCGCCGCCAUCUUCUUCGUGGUCUUCUUUGUCGCCGCCGCCGCCAUCUUCUUCGUCGUCGUCUUCGUCGUCGUCGUCGCCGCCAUCUUCGUCGUCGUCUUCGUCUUCGUCGCCGCCGCCGCCAUCUUCUUCGUCGCCGUCGUCGCCGCCGCUGCCAUCUUCUUCGCCGCCGCCGCCGCCACCAUCUUCUUCGUCGUCGUCGUCGCCGCCGCCGCCGCCAUCUUCUUCGUCGUCGUCGCCGUCGUCGCCGCCAUCUUCUUUGUCGUCGUCGCCAUCUUCUUCUUCUUCGAAGAUGCCAAAGCGCGCAGAGGUAACCAUGCUGAAAAAGAUGACAAUCCUCUCAGCACUGCUGGCUCUGAUUCUGGUCGAUCUGCUAAAGGCACAAGGUACCCCGGUCACCCCUGCGCUUGAGGCAACGAGCGUGGAGCAAAGCAGAGAUCCCAGCAUGCAGCCAAGCACAGAGCUCCUGCUGGACUACAGCGGAGACCCAUCCAAGGAGGAUGGUGUGUCGCAAGUGGGGAACACCGGAGUGCAAGAAGGCGAACAGGCAACGUGGGAGCUGAGUGGGGAGCCAAGUACUGACUCUACCCCUAAGCCGAGUGUGGAGCCAAGCAAAGAACCAACCCAGGAGUCAGCCACUCAAAUACCUGAAUAA